AUGACUGAACCACCACCACCACUGUCAAGCUCGCCCGACAGGAUAGCACUUAUCGGCAUCUACAUGGUCGUCUUGAUGGUCGGCACAUUGGGGAUAGUCCUCAUGAUUAACGUGCUUAAAUGCAACUUGCGCUCCGUGACCACCGUUGCAGUCCUCAACCUCAUCGUGGCGCAUCUGAUAUUUAUGCCCACCAUCCCGUUUCGCAUCGACUACUAUAUCAGAAACCGCUGGGACUUGCCCCCGCAGAUGUGCAAGAUCGUCAGCAGCAUGGUCCACAUUCACAUGUACUUGUCCUUCCUCAUCUACGUCAUAGUGCUCACUUUGCGCUUCUACAUCUUCUACAAACGUACCGAAAGUCCAGAUUUCCACAGAAAGCUUCAUUCUCUUGGGGCAAGCGGGACUAUCUGGACAGUUGUCUUGAUAGUUGUGCCCGCUGUGACAUUCUUGAGCUAUGGAGGACAGUCUGAAAAUACCUGCUUCAAUUUUGGAUCCAGGAUGAAAGAAUCUGGUGUGCAAGCUAUAAAUUAUAUCAUCAGCGGCGUCUUCAUCACGGUUCCUAUCGUGUUGUGCGCCAUUCAGGUUAAUAUUUUGCAGUCAAUCACCAAGCAAUAUGGUGCCAACUUCUCUUCUCAACAGGAGUUUUGGGCACAGAUCAAGAGCCUCUGUUUUGUCCUAAUUAUGCUCGUGUGUUUUGUGCCUUAUCAUAUAUUCCGCUUGCACUACGUGGCUAACCCAAAUAUUGAGUCUCAAAAUGAGAUUUUCCUGGCCAUCACCGGACUGAGCUGCAUUGACUUGUUGACUUUUGUGGGCCGUGGUGCUUGUUUUUCAUGUGGAAGGACAUUUCACUUGUAGGCCAUUACCGGCAAGUGACAAUUAUUUAUUAGGCUAUCAUGAGUUACAAAUACAGAGGCUGUCACCCAGCGGUUUGAAUACGGUAACGUGCUAGCUUGUCUGCCUUUCCA